AUGAGCGCGUCUCCAGCUGCUACCGUGGCCGCUGAAUCAAGCGGUCAGGUAGUCAGCUCUUUACACGCCAUUGAACCCGACCCAUCACCGGCAACCGACUAUUUCAAGACCGAACCACAACAUGACACGCCUGAGACCUCGCAGAAUCCGCCAGAUGAUCCCAUCAAAGUGCCCGAUCAGGCCAUCGACAUCACCCCCACCACACUACGCCCUUCGCCGCGCCCGAGCACUAAGAGAAGGGAGUCGGAGGUGAAUGGCGCCCUUCCUUUGGAUCUGCAGAGGCCAGCGGACAAGAAGCGGAAACGUGCGCCUUCACCUCCCUGGCAGUUCCCCUCUGCCGAGACCACCACCCUCAAGACCGCCGAUGGCAGGAGAGCAUCCGCACGCGUCAACACCGCCGCUUCUGCGACUGGUAGCGAUGCAGACACCAGAGCGCGCAGCAGUAGCGUGUCUGUGCUGUCCCAACAAAAGGAAAGCCCACCGUGGAAAAAGUUCGCGGCCGAGGGCCCUUCGAGUAUGGUAGUUGAUGGGAAGAGGAAGAGCGGCAGAGUCAAUCGAGAACUGCCGGUGCCGCCAAAGCGAGUGAGUCCAAGGUCGAAAAAACAAGCACCGGAGGCCAAAUAUGCCUCUACUGCGCGGACUGCACAAUCGUCCAAAGCUUUACAUGCUGUUGUGAAUGGGGCCAGCUCGAGCAGGUCUUCACGGCCGUCCAACUCCUCGCGCUCACACCAGACUCAGCCAGAGGGAGCUGCAAAGAUCGCAGAAUUGCGCGCGAAAAUCGAAGCACUCCAACCAUCAGGCCCCUUUCUCUCUCCCGAGCGGCACACACAGUCAGGCCACAAGCGAAAGCAUAGCGACGAGAGCACGCCCCCUCCGCAGCUUGACGGACCAUCUUCACCAUCCGCACGUCGGAUUCCGCCGCCCCAUCAAGCAUCACCCAUGUCGCCUGAGACGACAAGACCAUCACCCAGGCUGAAGCUGCGCUUCAACCCCGCCCGCCAUCUUGUCCCUCCGCCGCAUCCUCAUGCCAUCUUCCCCGAGCCCGCGCACCCCCCACAUCCAAGCAUCUACCAGAUUCUCGAGGGACAAGAGUUGAAAGAGCUGCAACAGCCUUACAUGGAGAAUGAGCGAGGCCCACCUGACAUGGCCUGGUUUCACCAGAGAGCGGAGAGACAGGCGCUAGAGGAAGGGAUGAUGCGGAGGAAACUUCUCAGAGAGGCCGAAUCUGGAGGGGUACUCAGCAAAGAGCGGUUGAGUCUCUACCAGGAAGCCGAGGCCCAGGCCGAACCAGCGAAGCAAUACGGACAUCAUGACCACCUCGUCGCGCAUGCCCUCCAUCUCAGACGCUUGCAAGUGAACGAAAACACGCUCCAUCGAGCGUUGGCGAAGAAAACCGCGCUGUCCGCGUUGGAGUUUUGGAAAGCAAAACGCGGACCGAGCGAAGAGGACCUGCAAGAAGAACAAGACAAGAUAUUCCGGCUGAUUUACAAGCAAAUCGUCGUCGACAUGAAAGCCAAGUGGGAUCUGGUCUCCAUGCAUGUUCAGCAGCGACGGGUCAAGGUUUGGGAGGCCGAGCAAGAAGUCCGCCGGCAAGCCAGACUGCAAGAGAAGCUGGAAUGGAGUGAGAACAUGGUCGCGCGGCAGCGAGGUGAAGCUGACGGCGAGAGUGACCAAGAGAUGGACGAGGGUAGCGACGUCGAGGGAAGUGGAGAAGAUAGCGACGACGAUGAAAGCAGCGAAGAGGAGAACAUGAGUGAGAGCAGCAGUGAGGCCGAAGAGGAGCAAGGCGAAAAUGUCGAUGACGGUGGUGGUGAGAUGGGAGACGACGAGCUGGCUGCUUACCUUGCGCAAAGAGCGGCGGACGAGCAAGAGAAGUCGCAAUACGACUCGGAUCCAGACGAUGAGACGAGUACUGGAAUUGCGGCAAGACAGAAGGACGAUGAGCCGGACGAUGAGUUUGAGCCACAGGACGACAGUGGAACUGCAGCUGCGGAAGAUAAGCUCGCAAUUGGCUCCCAGCCGGCAAAUCGUCGUUCGCGACGUUCUUCAACCACCCCAGUCGCCGACGAUGAACAGGAGUUUUCAUCAGACGAAUCAACCGACAUGGACUCCACAGACUACGACUCAGACGAAGACAUGAGCAGCACCGGGGAAGAGGACAAUGCGGGUGACGACGGUGAAGAGGAUGACGAAGAAGACGACGUGCCGCGCAACUCUCUGCUGAGUCUGUUCAAAGAUGAAGUCAGGGCGAUUGGGCUCCCAACCCCAACAACUAGUGCUGAAGGGGAUGGUGAGAGGCAUACCGAGCCCGAAGCUAUUGGUCUCGAGCAGCAGGCUGAGCCGGAGAUCGAGAACGUCGAUGCCCACGUGCUCCCCGAAGCACUAGCCCAGAACGAAGAAGAUAACGAAGCGGAAGCACAACUCGCCACUGGGGCUGAGACUGCCCAUCACCCUGAUGCAGCUGGUUCAAACGCCAUGAGUCCAGAAGCGGAAAUGCAGCUCGAUGCCGACUCCCUGACAAGGCAACAUCUUGUUCCCAGCCCUGCGCUUCUUCGCGGUAAGCUGCGCUCAUACCAACACGCAGGACUUGACUGGCUUGCCUCGCUCUACCGCAACGGCACAAACGGCAUUCUAGCAGAUGAGAUGGGGCUGGGCAAGACCAUCCAAACGAUUGCUUUGCUCGCACAUCUCGCGGAGGAGCACGAAUGCUGGGAGACACAUCUGGUCAUCGUACCCACGUCCGUGGUGGUGAACUGGGUUCGGGAAUUCCAACGCUUCCUCCCUGGUUUCCGCGUUCUUGGUUACUACGGCUCAUCGGAAGAACGACAGCUCAAACGCAAGGGCUGGGUCAAUGAUCCACAUCACGAGAAUAAGGAGAAGCGAGGCUACAACGUCGUCAUCACCUCCUACAAUGUCGCCAUGCAGGACAUCAACGCCAUCAGGAACGUCAAGUGGCACUAUCUCGUCCUGGACGAGGCGCACAACAUCCGCAACUUCAAUUCACAGCGAUGGCAAGUCCUCAUCCGGCUGAGGACGAGCGCGAGAUUGCUGCUCACCGGCACGCCUCUCCAAAACUCAUUGACAGAGCUGUGGAGUUUGCUCACCUUCUUGACGGCUGGAGACGAUGAUCCGCAGCAUGGAGACCUGGAAGAAUUCCUGAGCCAUUGGAAGGAGCCUGUCAAGGAAAUCUUCGAUCGUGGCGUCCAGACCUUGUCCCACGAAGCACAGCGCGUGGUGGACCAACUGCAUGUCUCUUUACGGCCCUUCUUACUCCGCCGUCUCAAAUCGGAGGUAGAGAAAGACCUCCCCAAGAAAACGGAGCACGUCGUGGUGUGCAAGCUCAGCAAGCGACAGCGCCAGCUUUAUCAAGAGUACAUGGGGCUGGCAGAGACCAAGAGGCAAUUGACGCAGAGCAAUGUGGGUAAUGCAGGCAAGGUCCUCCUCAGUCUGCGGAGGGUGUGCAACCAUCCAGAUCUCUUCGACCCCAGACCCAUUCAAACCAGCCUCGGAAUGGCGACGAGUGCGGCCAGUGACUUUGCACCCACCGAAAGAAUCAUCCGCGCUUUGCUUGGGGUCAGGGAGGAUGCACCUAUCUCCAUGACUGCACAUGAAGCGCGGCGAAAGUACAUCGUCAAGCGAGCUCGGCAAUUGAAUGGGACCGUGCAGCUGCGAAACGAUGUCCGGCAGCUCGAGCUGGAGGUCGAGAGGGAAUCACCGCCUGACCCAUCCACGUUUGGAGGAUGCCAAGCUCUCCAACGGCUCAAGCUGCGACAGCAAAGGCUUGAAAAGCUUCGAUCCUGCAUCCGUACGUCAGAGAGAGACUCCGCGGCCACACCCAUCUACGGAUCAGACCUACGAGAGCUGGUGACUGUACAUCAAGAUCGAGUGUAUCGCUUCACAGCCAAGGAUAUUCGAGGACGCGUCAUCUCUCGACACUUGCGAGGUUGGCCUGCACUAGGACGAUAUCCUCUCAAGUUUGAAUUGGAUCACGCUUCGGAUUGGAAGAUAUCGCAAACGAGCAUGCUGCAACGAAGCACGCAGACUGUGGAGUCUUACGCAGAGGCCAUGCAGGAGACGAUUGUCAAGUUUGCGUUCUGCACGCCUGUCGUCACUGCACCAGUCCUGGACUACCUAGUUCCACCUCGAACGCAAGACAAGCUACGAUCCUCAGAAGCAUACCCCGAAGCAAUUGACUGGGCGCACGAAGCCCGCAUCCGGACUUCAAUCGUCUUCCCCGACGCCCGUCUGCUUGUGUACGACGCCGGAAAAUUGCAACGUCUGUCUCGUCUUCUCCGCGAACUCCAGUCCCGAGGCUCGCGCAGCUUGAUCUUCACGCAAAUGACGGGCACUCUCAACAUCCUCGAACAAUUCUUGAGUUUGAUGAACUUGCCAUAUUUGCGACUGGAUGGCAAUACCCCGGUCGAGCGCCGCGCACUCCACGCCGCCGAGUUCAACCGCCCCGAUUCGAAGUACCAGUGCAUGAUCCUUUCGUCCAGAGCUGGUGGGGUGGGGUUGAACUUGACAGGCGCAAGCUCCGUCAUCUUCUACGACCUCGACUGGAACCCGCAGAUGGAUCGACAGUGCAUGGAUCGCGCACAUCGUAUCGGGCAAGUGAGAGAUGUGGAGGUCUACAAGAUGGUCAGCGAGAAGACUGUCGAGGAAAACAUCCUUCGACGCGCCAAUCAGAAGAGCUUGUUGGAUCAGACGGUCAUCCAGGAGGGCCACUUCACCACCGAAUACCAGCGAGCUCGAGACGGUGAUGACGGGGAGCAUGAAGACGAUUCGGUCGUGGCUGCAGCCAUAGAGAGGGUGUUUGGCGGCAAGGACGAGCAAGCUACGGCGCGCGCCCUUGAAUCCGUGGAGGACAUUGAGGACGUGCAGGCUGCGGUGCAAGCUCGCAAGGAGGAGCGGCAGGAUGAUGUGGACUUUGCCGAUCGGUCGUCCAAGGAUCCCUCUCGUGCGCCGACUCCCGGUCACCAAUACCCCGACGCCGAUGGGUUGGAGGACGAGGAGAGCAGAGCGCAUCAUAUCGAUGACUAUAUGAUUCGACUGAUGGACGAAGUGCUGCUCAAGGGCAUCAUCUUUGUGCCGCCGCAGGCGCGGAAGCUGGAUCGGCAUGGCAGGGAUCCAUCACAUCGGAAGAGAAAGAGGUGA